AAGGAGGAACCCAAGAAGGAGGAACCCAAGAAGGAGGAACCCAAGAAGGUCGAGCCUAAGAAGGAGGCUGCUCCCUCAAAACCUGCGGCUGCUGCCCCCGCUGUCGAAUCCUUCUCUGCACCUGUCGCCUUCAGCCGCGAGGAGCGCAGCGUCAAGAUGAACCGCAUGCGCCAGACCAUCGCCAGACGUCUGAAGCAGUCUCAGGAGAACGCUGCCGCGCUCACCACCUUCAACGAGGUCGACAUGAGCAACCUGAUGAAGCUUCGCGCUACCUACAAGGAUGCUGUCCUGAAGAAGCACGACGUCAAGCUGGGCUUCAUGUCCGCAUUUGUGAAGGCAUCGUGCUACGCUCUCAAGGAGCUGCCCGCUGUUAACGCAAGAAUCGAGGGUGAGAACGUCAUCUACAACGACUACGUCGAUGUCUCAGUUGCUGUUGCCACCCCCAAGGGCCUUGUCACCCCCGUCAUCCGCAAUGCUGAGAGCCUUUCCUUUGUUGAGGUCGAGAAGACCAUUGCCCAGUACGGUGCCAAGGCUCGCGACGGUCAGAUCGCGAUUGAGGACUUGAGCGGCGGUACGUUCACUAUUUCGAACGGAGGUGUCUUUGGCUCGAUGAUGGGCACGCCUAUUAUCAACAUGCCCCAGAGUGCCAUCUUGGGCAUGCACGCAAUCAAGGAGAGACCCGUUGCCAUCAACGGCAAGGUUGAGAUCCGCCCUAUGAUGUACAUUGCCCUCACCUACGAUCACCGCAUUAUCGAUGGACGUGAGGCCACCACGUUCUUGGUCAAGCUCAAGGAGGUCAUUGAGGAUCCCGUCCGCCUGCUGUUGGAUGUUUAGAGUGUUGCGAUAUCUCGUUUUGCCCUCAUCGACUGUUUUUGCCGCCUUCCAACAUAGACAUCUAAUGAUCAACCGACCCUCCCAAAUACAACCAUACAACAUCUAUCUCAUUUCUCUCAUAACCACUUUACAAUGAAGAAAAAAAAAAAAAAA